UUGUAAAAAAAAAUCCCCAAAUUCUGAUUUGUGGAAGAAUCCACAAACCCAGACACAAUCACAAACUCAUAAAACUGAGAAACCAAAGAAAACACAAUCCGAAUUUUCGAACUUAUUUGCUUUGUUUUUGUAUAACUAGCUAAUCCACAGCCUAAAGGGGAUAAAGAGAGUAAUUGGAGAGCAAAGGGUAUUGAAAAAAGAAAAGAUGGCAGGAAGAGAGGUCCGCGAAUACACCAAUCUUACCGACCCUAAAGAUAAGAAAUGGGGGAAAGGAAAGGAGAAGAUAGAUGAUGAAGACACCACUUUCCAACGCAUGGUUGCCAAGGAAUCUUGGCUUCCUCUACCGGGCGGUUGAUGCAAGCAGAUGCAAGAGGUUGCAGGAGAGCGUGGAGGCUACCUUCAUGGGCGAGGCGCCUUGGACAGUGAUGAUCUACUCUAUCUCAAGGAGCAAAUGGAAGCUGAGGAGGAUGCAGAACGCCUCCUACGUCGAACUGAGAAACGGGCAUUUGCUGCGUUUAAGAAAGCUGCAAGUUUAGCAGAUUCUUCACCUGCAUCAGUCCCCUUGCCACUUCGAGUUGAGCCCAAGCCCAAGAGUGGAAUCAGACAGCAAUAUUUAUUGAAAAAGGUCGUGGAAAUCAAACCCAAACGGAAGAGAACUUCUAGUCCAUCUGAUGGGAAUCAGUCAACUCCUGCUUCAAAUGAUUCUGCUUUAAAAAGCCUUAAGUCUGAGUCUCACCAGGAGAAAGAGCAGCCUGAGACUGACCGGGAGGAGAAAGAGUGGCCUUUGUCAAGAUUGAAUAAAGCAGAGGGAGAUACUAAUAUGGAAAACCCUGUUAAAAGUUUACUAGGCCUAGCAUAUGCAAGUUCUGAGGAUGAUGAGGACUGAAGAAUGCAUUGAUACCUGUGGUGCGAUACUAGAACCGUUCAUUUUUCUUUUCCUUGUUGAUAAGUAGUUCAUUAAAAAAAAAAAGAUCUUUAUUGAUAAGUACGGUAUGCUUUCUCUGUUAAAAUACUACCAGGACUAAUUGAGUGAAUUCUAUGUUGGUCAAAGUGAAGUCAGGAUACAUAUUUAACCUUCAAUUUGAUGUGCCUGCUAUUCUCUUUGAUA